GCAGUAUACCAAACCACGUGGCAGGGGUCAAAAGGUCAAAGAGAAAGGCUACUGAGCUUGAGGUAAUUAUAAAGCCAUGUCUUCAAAGGAGAAGCUGACCAGGAUAGCCAUUGUGAAUGCUGACAGGUGUAAGCCUAAAAAAUGCAAACAGGAGUGCAGAAAAUCAUGUCCUGUUGUCAGAAUGGGGAAGCUUUGCAUUGAAGUGACCCCUGUCGACAAGAUAGCCAACAUUUCCGAGUCGCUUUGUAUCGGGUGUGGUAUCUGCACAAAAAAAUGCCCGUUUGAAGCAAUCACCAUCAUCAAUCUUCCGAGCAACCUUGAGAAGGACACUACCCAUCGCUACAGUGCCAACUCAUUCAAGCUUCACCGUCUGCCCACACCUAGACCUGGAGUAGUGCUCGGGCUUGUCGGUACCAAUGGCAUAGGAAAGUCCACUGCACUCAAAAUCCUCGCUGGAAAACAAAAGCCCAAUUUGGGAAGGUUUGAUACUCCACCAGAUUGGCAAGAAAUUCUGACCCACUUCCGAGGAUCAGAGCUUCAAAAUUACUUUACAAAGAUUCUUGAGGACAAUUUGAAGGCGUGUAUAAAGCCCCAGUAUGUGGAUCAGAUUCCUAAAGCUGUCAAAGGUACAGUACAGGCAAUGCUGGACAGGAAAGACGAACGCGAAGUACAGGACAAAGUAUGCGAAGACUUUGAUCUGACAGCGGUCAAGGACAGAAAAGUUGAAGAUUUGAGUGGUGGAGAGCUGCAGAGAUUUGCUUGUGCUGUGGUGUGUGUGCAGAAAGCAGACAUCUACAUGUUUGAUGAGCCAUCAAGCUACCUGGAUGUAAAGCAAAGACUGAAAGCAGCUACAGCCAUUCGGGAACUCCUAGAAGCCAACAAAUAUGUGAUAGUAGUAGAACAUGACCUGAGUGUGCUGGACUACCUCUCAGACUUCAUCUGUUGUCUAUACGGAGUGCCAGGGGCAUAUGGCGUGGUCACUCUGCCCAUAGGUGUGAGGGAGGGGAUCAAUGUCUUCUUGGAUGGCUACAUCCCAGCCGAGAAUCUUCGCUUUAGGGAGACCAGUCUGGUGUUUAAAGUGUCUGAACAAGCUGAUACUGAGGAGAUAAAAAGGAUUCGUCGAUACAGUUACCCAAACAUGACCAAGAAGUUAGGUGGCUUUCAGUUGGAGGUCUCUUCUGGAGAGUUUACCGAUUCUGAGAUCAUUGUUAUGCUGGGAGAGAAUGGAACUGGAAAGACUACCUUUAUCAGAAUGAUGGCAGGGCUUCUCGCACCUGAUUCAGGGGAGGAUAUCCCAAGGAUGAAUGUGAGCUACAAACCUCAAAAAAUCAGUCCAAAAUUCCAAGGGACAGUCCGGCAACUUUUGCACACCAAGAUUCGAGACACUUACAUCCACCCUCAGUUUGUCAGUGAUGUCAUGAAGCCACUCCAUAUGGAAGCCAUAAUAGACCAAGAGGUGUUGAACCUCUCUGGUGGGGAGCUCCAGCGAGUGGCACUCACACUCUGUUUGGGGCAGCCUGCUGAUGUGUACUUGAUUGAUGAGCCCUCAGCCUACCUGGACUCAGAGCAACGUUUGCAUGCUGCAAGGGUCAUUAAAAGGUUUAUCCUUCAUGCAAAGAAGACGGCCUUUAUUGUAGAGCACGAUUUCAUCAUGGCUACCUACCUGGCUGACAGAGUCAUUGUCUUUGAAGGAUUGCCCUCCAUCAAUACACAUGCUCAAACUCCAAAGUCUCUGCUGUCUGGAAUGAACCAGUUCCUGAAGUCGCUGGAGAUCACCUUCAGACGAGACAGUGAAAACCUCCGUCCACGGAUAAACAAACGACACUCUGUCAAGGAUACUGAACAAAAGAAGUCAGGCAACUAUUUUUUCUUGGAUUUUUGAACUGUGUUGUUAUCUAUAAGGACUAAUGUUUUAUAUCACUGAUCACGCUUGUUUAUAGCCAUUCUGUAAAAUGUUUAUUAAUUAUUGAUACAUAAAUUGUUAUACA